UAAGGCGUUGCUUCUGUUUAUAGAAAUGACGGCCAAUAGGAGAGCAGGAUGGGAGGAGGUGACUGAAUCGCGGGCUGGCAUAGGGCAGCAAUGUUCCUGGUGGGCCUGUCAGGUGGGAUUGCAUCUGGUAAAAGCACGGUUGUGUCAAUUCUUCGAGAACUGGGAUGUGCUGUGAUUGACGCAGAUGUCAUUGCCAAACAGGUGGUUCAGCCGGGAACUCCAGCCUACAGCCAGAUUGUGCACCAUUUUGGAGGGGAAGUGCUACUAAAAAGUGGCAUGCUAGAUCGAGAAAAGUUGGGAGCUAUUAUCUUUUCCGACCCAGAAAAGAGGAAUCUACUAAACUCUAUUACUCACCUUUCCGUACGCAGAGCUAUGCUGAAACAGACGCUCUGUUACUUCUUCCUGGGGUAUAGGUACGUGAUCCUUGACAUCCCAUUGCUCUUUGAAUUGAGGAACCUGACACGCUACAUGAAACAUACCGUACUUGUAUACUGCGACCCUCAAACUCAAGUCGAGAGGUUUAUUCGGAGAAGUGGUCUCUCCCGGGAGGAGGUCUUGAAACGCUUGGCUGCACAGCUCCCAAUUGAUAGCAAAUUACCACUUGCUGAUCAUGUCAUUGAUAAUUCUGGAGACAGAGAGAGCACAAGGCGGCAGGUUAUGCUGCUCCAUUCUCGACUGGAGUCGUCAUUAGGCUACCUGCCAAUUCGAAUUGCCGCCAUGGCGGUAGCUGUUGGGCUUGCAACCUUAAUGUGGAGCCUUUUGCGCCGUUUAUGGUAGUGAUGAUCAAUCCAAACAACAUCAGCUUGACCCAAUGACUGAUAUGUUUUUUUAUAUCUUGUACAUGCCUUCAAAUAGAUUUUAACAAUGUUUUUACAGAGAUUAAAUUUACUACAUUAAUUUGUUCAGCCAAGGCGGUGUACAUACUGCAUCAGAAACCACCUUGCCCCAUCUGCUGGAUAUUUUGCGGCAAUAGUAUUUUUUGUGGAAUUAUGUAAAUACUAGCAUUGAUAUCACUUUAUAGAGAAUCACUUCCUUAGACAUUUUAUUUUUUUAAAUGGCAAAGAAGAUGAAAUGUGAUGUGUAGAUUGGUGAAAAAUGUUGACCGCCAUGAAUUGGGUAUCUCUCUAGCUUCCUCAUACUCAAAAAGCUAUUUUUUAAACUAAUAAAAGCAAUUGUUUAAUUUUUA